CAUAUUUUUUCGUAUUUAUAAAUGUCUUUACAACUCUCUAGAGUUGUUAAAAGUCCAAAAAAAGUCUAUAUGUUCGAUUUUUUGAUGUUUGAUUUUUUCAAUUUUCGUCGCAAUUUUUGUCAAUUUUGAGUACCCGGAACAUUUGUUGAGCUAUAGCUCCGGAACUAUCAGAGAUAACCCUAUAAAGUGUAUUAUCGUUGGAAAGCUCUUUGAAUUAUCUAUUUUUUUCAAAAAAAAUUAUUGUUCUCCGACUAAUAGUUUUUGAGCAAAUUGCAGAUAAAUGCAAAAAUUGGUAAAAUUUUAAAAAAUUCAUAACUAAAAAACUAUUGGGAAUUUGGCAAUUUUUUCGAUGCCAAUCGAUUCCCCGGAUCAUUUUGCAUGGGUGAGGAUCAAAACAGUUCCACUUUUUCAAAUAGUUUAGUCGUAAUUGGGGAAAUAAAAAAAAUCAAAUAGUAAUUUUUGUAUUAAGUGCGCGAAAUGAGUGUUUUUUUAAUGGCGCCUGAGAAUGUUAUUUUAGUCGAGACCGCCAGGUCGAGACCUAAAAGACAUUCGAAGGCGCCAUUAAAACAUGAAUUUCGCCACGAAAUACAAACAACGUUUUUUCUACAGCCUCCAGAUGAAGAAAAAAGUAACAGAAAUUAGUUGGAACAAAAUGGUCUGAUAAAUCGAGUUGCUUGCAUGGUUACGAUGAUAAAUAAAAGUGAUAGUUGCGAAAAAUUUGUCACAAUAGGUAUUUUUGUUGAAGAAGUGUGAUGGAUUUUAGCAGCGAAAACGAAAUAGAUGCAAUUGCAAGCGCGGCAGUGUCGAAUCUUUUGCCUGCUAAAUCAAGACCGCAGUACGAAAAAACGUAUCUUCAGUUUCGGCAGUGGUGUUCUAUGAAAAAGAUUGAUCAAGUAACGGAAAAUGUUUUGUUGGCGUAUUUGGAAGAAAAGUCUACCACCUUAAAGCCACCAACACUCUGGGCCCUUUAUGCGAUGUUGAAAGCCACCUUAAACGUUAAAGAGAAUAUCGAUACACGUAAGUUUCCGAAGUUAGUGCCCUACCUGAAAAGCAAAAGCGUAGGUUACAGAAGCAAGAAGUCGCAAAUUUUAGACAAAGAAGACAUUAGCAAGUUUAUUAAUGAAGCAGAUGACAAGAUAUAUUUACUGAUGAAGACUGUGCUAAUUUUGGGUAUAUCGGGAGCCCUUCGACGUGAAGAAUUAGUUAAAAUGAAGCUAACUGACAUAGAAGAUAAACAGUCUGUCUUAAUUGUGAAGGUGCCUGAUACAAAAACCCACUGCGAACGAAUAUUUACUGUUUCAAAUUUAGAAAAUAUAGAAAUUGUCAGAAAAUAUAGAGCUUUGCGGCCUCCACGGGCGACUAGUGACCGUUUAUUUUUAAAGUAUACCAACGGAAAAUGUGUGAAUCAAAAUGUUGGAAUUAACAAAAUCGGAGAGAUACCAAGUUUGAUUGCAAAGUGGCUUAACAAAGACGAACCUAAAAAAUAUACUGGUCACUGCUUCAGAAGAAGCUCUGCCACUCUUUUGGCGAAUGCUGGAGGUGAUCUAAUUUCAAUUAAACGUCAUGGGGGCUGGAGAAGCAGCACAGUGGCAGAAAGUUACAUCGAGGACUCUUUGAAUAAUAAAAUUGAAAUUGCCAAUAAAAUUCAACCUUCUUCCUCCACAGAAGAAAACAAAAUCACUCAACCUUCUACAUCGGCUUCUUUUAAUGGCGAAAAUAACUUUCAUUUACAAGCGUCUUCACUCAGGCCUCUGGGGAUAAACGGGGGCACGUUUUCGUCAUGCACAUUUAAUUUUCAUAUGUCAAAGCCACGAUUGAAAAACCGGCCAACAUUCCGGUCGUCUUGGCCUUCCCCAGCAUUCUCUACCAGACGAGAGUCGGAGGAUACCAAGCCGAAAUUGCCUUGCCUUUGGGGAUGGUGGUUAAUGCCGUUUUUAAAAACCAGCACUGGUUGUAUGUGCAGACGCCGCAUGCCGAGGAGGGGCAUUAUCCCACCCCCUGAGGACGACGCCACCGCCCCUUGCUGGGAGAACAGCACCGAUGUGUUCCCUAAACCCUCCGGCAACAUGACCGACACCGAAAAACUCAGCUCCAAGUCGGAAUGUAGCGUCGAGACGCGCUGCCACAGCCGAAGACUGCGCCCCUCAAGCACCUGUGAAGAAAGAAGCGUCGAUCGACUCUACCUCAGCGCUUUGGCAUCCUCAAAACGUGGCAAAAUCCAACGACAAACACUCCUAGUCAUCAACAGUGACUACUUUGGCACCGAAAAAAAUGCCCUUCAGGUGCAGAAAGGCGACGUUGUGGUACUCCAGGGUACCCAUGUGCCGGGGUGGUUCUGGGUGCGCAACAAGGAGGGAGAGGAGGGGUUCAUACCGGCGGUUAUAGCCGGACACGGAUUUUUGUAAAUAAAAGUUGUACAAAUUAUUUAUUAAAAAUUUAUUUCAAACAGUUUAAA